AUGGACGAAUUUCCAUCUCGCACUGCCCUCAAAUCAUACUCAGAGCAGCAGGACUCCACGGCAGGAAAACAUGCAGAACCUACCAGUCUCUCGCAAACAUUGAUCUACUACAUCGAAGGCAACAAAUGGUGGAUUAAAGUGACUCUAAGAGGCCCGACCGCUAAUCUCCCCCUCAACAACACCGGCGAGCAGCCAACUACCAAACGCGAACGGCGCGAGUUCUUCCAGAGUUUUGUCCGACGAAUAGACUACAAAUGGCUCCCUCUUCUCCCAUACACUGUAACAGAAAUCAUCCUAGGAGAUGCAACAGCACCCGGUUUCGAAAGGGAGCUCAAGCUCAAUGAUGCUUCGGGCACAUCGCAGAAUCCCAACACAGCUUUGAAAUGCAAGGUCCGAGAAGACCCUCUCAGUGUCGCCUAUCCUUCAUGCGAGGAAUACCCCUCCUUCCGGCAAAUCAACCAUAAAGAACUGACUGGUAUUACCGAAAUCACGCCCGGAGUAUUCUGGGUUUCACACCACGGAAAACGAUACAUAUCGAAGAUAGUGAACCGCCCUCUCUAUCGACGUCACGAUACCGAAGUCAUUUGCAAGGAGCUGGAGAACCUCAAAUACUUCGCUGGAGUACCAAACAUAGUGCAGGCACAAUGGUCCAUCCAGAUCGGAAUCGCGCUGAAUCGCUUCCACGAGGCCAAAAAAACCCACAUGAACCUGAACCCGUCGAAUAUUGUUCUUGACGCCGACGGAAACGCAGUGCUCAUCGACAUUAGCGGCAUCGGCGGAGUCACGCCUGAAUGGUGUGCACCCGAGGUUCUAGGCGAUAUUUUACCGCGUGAUUUUCCAUUCGAACAACGCCAACAGAACGAUGUCUGGGCGUACGGGAAACUUCUAUCCGAGAUCGCAUCACAGAUAAGAGAUGAUCCGUACGUAGAGACCUUGCGCCAGGUUGCGGACGGCUUGAUGGAAGGAGAUCACCAGAAACGCAUGAGUAUAUCGAUGGCCAUUGCACAGCUCAAGAGUACUUAA